ACUUCGUAUUGGAUUUGAUCAGUUUAUUGGUCUUGGAUUCAAACAAAAUGUUAUGCAGCGAAAUCUUAGCCUGCAAUAAAAUAGAUUAAUUUUCAGUCAAAUUCCAAUAUUAGCUCAAGAUCCAUCAUUUUCUUUGGUAACUUUUUCUUUAUACUUCUUUGUGUAUACAUUUGUUUACAUCGAAAAUUCUGCUGGACAUAACCUGAGAAGAACAAUAUUUGUUGAUAAAAAAAACGUUGAUUUAUUCAUCUUGAUCUAAAAUCCGAGAUGAAACUUAACUAAACGUAUCGAAAAAUAAUUUACUCAAAUUUCACAAAAUGUCUGAUCUAUCAAUAGAUUUAAUUAGGAAGGAGAUUUUAAUGCGACAUGUUAUGAAGUUAACUGGGACCAUUAAGGAGAUUUCAAAUGAAAUCCAAAAUGAUUUAAAAAAUAUAGAAGCAAACCUGGAAAAUAAAAUCAGUACAACUGAGAAUGCUUCUCAAGUUAAUAAAGAAAUACUCAAAGUAUUGGAAAAAAAUGCUAUAAAGAUUUCAAAAGCCAAAUGUUACUAUGAAGAAGAAUAUUCAAAUUGGUCCAAGCAAGUCAGUUUUUUUUGUUCCACAUCGAGGACUAGUUUAAAUAAUAAUAACUCUCAAAAAACUUGUAUAACAAUUAGUUCUGAUGAGUCUGAAGAUGAAACGAAACCACUGGUUUCUGAAAAUGUUGAUUUAACUAAUGAAACUGAUUCUACAGAUGAAGAAGAAAGCAAAAAGAUUACUGAUUCAAGCUCUGAUAAUUUCUUUGAAUCAACAAUAGAAGAUGAUAGCACUACAAAUAAUGUUGAAUUCAAAACUACAAAACAAAUGAUAAAUAAUAUUAAUGAUUUUGAGCAUGAUGAAAAUGUAGAACCAGAAAUGGAACAAGAUCAACAAACAACCAUCUGCAAAGAGGAAGAACCAGACAAUGAUUAUAACAAUGGCUACAAAAAAACACUGAAUUUAAAGAAUGUAGAUGAAUUUAUUAUUCUAGAAAAACAAAAUUUGCAUGAAAAAAGCACAAAUACCAUUUUGCACAAUAAUGAGGAGUCCAAUGAUGAAGAGGAGGAUAAUGAUAAUGAUGAUGGGGAAGAUGAUGAUGAUGAUAAUGACCAUGAUCAUGAUCAUGAUCAUCCUAUAUCAAAAAGCCCCAUUUCUAAUAUUAGUGUUGAAAAUUCUACAAAUAAUUUUUCUAUGAAAGAAUGCAAAGUGCAGUUAGAACGAAUAAUCGUUGGAGCAUCUUUUUCUGAUUCUUUGAAAGAUCAUACCUCAGCUGAGAACAUCAAAGUUCAGCAAAAAGAAAUAGAUAUUAAUAAAUUAUGUAAUUUGGAUUCAAUAGAAAAUAAAAAAAGAAGAAACUCUCAAUCUAUGAGUAGACCAAAGAAACCUAAAACAGGAAAAAGAGUGAAAGUUUCAUCUGAAAUGAAUCAUUCGGAUACUGAAGACGAUUCUCGUAGUUCCUAUUCCUCUCAUAAUUCUGAUUCUUCUGAUGACCAAGUGGUUCAUAAUAUUGAUGAAAAUGAAAGGAAUUGUAGUGAUGAUGAUUGCAAAAACCGUUUAUUAGAAUCAGAUGAAAGUUCAGAUGAUACGCAUGUUACAAGUUCAAGUUCUGAUUCUGAUUCUGAUUUUGAUAAUGAAACAAAACAAAAAUUGAAAAAAAGGAAAAAAAUCGCACACAAUGGUAGUGGAUCUGAUUCAUCAGAUAAUUCUUUAAUAAUCAAAAAUAUAAAAAAACGUAAAAUAGAAACAGACGAGUUAUUAGCCUUCAAAAUCACCGAAGACGUUCCUUCUAGUAUUAAAAAUAAAAAAUUUAAUAUUGACUCAGAUACAGAAAAUGUAAGAGCUAUAAAAAAGUUGAAUCAAAACACCAGCAAGGAAACCAGUUUUUCCAAGUCAUCAAAAAUUUCUACUUCAAAUGACACUACAAUUGAUAAUAGGACCUUAAAGGAUAGCUCAUCAAGUAUCACUUCAUCAGAUGAUGAUGAAUCUAGUAGUGAUGAAUCUAGUAGUAGUUCAUCAGACAGUGAUUCAAAUAGUUCAUCAGAUAGUGAUGAAUCCAAUAAUGAUGAUUCUCUCUUAGAGCUUCAAAAAUCGACCGUAGUCAGUUCAAAUGGCUGUUUACCAAAUGACGAAUCUAUAGCAAAUGAAGUUUUAACUGACACUCAGUUAAUAAACGAUUUACCAAAGAAUAAUAAUAAAUGGAAAAAAAAUUAUGGACGUAAAAAUAUUCGAUCUUUAAUGGAUGAUUCCGAAAUUGAUGAACAAUCAAGAUUAGCGGAAAAAGCUGAAGAUGAAAGAUUAGAGCGAUUAAAAAACCGGAAAAAAAGUCUUAAAAAUUUAAUUAACUCAGAUAAUAAUGAAAAUGAGUUGGAUUAUCGGGAAGAAAAUUUGAUCUUGGAUUAUGACUUGGAAAAAAGAAAACCACUUUUGAGAGUUGAUAAGGGCAUAGCCAAACACCUCAAAUAUUACCAAAAGAAAGGAGUAAUUUUUAUGUGGGAUUCAUGUUUUGAAUCUAUCGAAUUGACAAAAUUUUCUCCUGGUAGUGGAUGCAUUUUAGCACACUGUAUGGGUCUUGGAAAAACAUUUCAAGUGGUUACUUUAGUAUAUACUCUUCUUACUAAUAAAGUAACGGAAAUGAAACGAGUUUUAAUUUUAUGUCCGUUAGCAACUGUGCUAAACUGGGUGGCUGAAUUUGAUAUGUGGCAAAAAAAAGCUGAAAGUCAAAGCAGGAUUAAAAUUUUCCAAGCUGGAGAAUCUUCUCAAAGAAAAAAAGUUCUUCAUAAAUGGCAUACUGAAGGGGGAGUGCUUAUUAUGAGCUACCAGAAAUUUUUUUCUUCGUCAAAAAUCAAAAAUAACCAGUUGUAUUUACUUGAUCCUGGUGCAGAUUUAGUUGUGUGUGAUGAAGGCCAUAUUUUAAAAGAGAAAAAAUCUCAAAUCAGUAAUUUGGUCAAGAGAGUUAAUACAAAGCGUCGUAUUGUUUUAACUGGAACGCCUCUUCAAAACAAUUUAGAUGAAUAUCAUUGCAUUUUUGAUUUUGUGAAACCUUAUUUACUGGGUACAGAAAAAGAAUACAAAAAUUUAUUUGUUAAUCCGAUUAAAAAUGGGCAGUACAAUAAUUCGACUGAUGCAGAUGUAAGAAUGAUGAAAAUUCGAACUGAUGUCCUAGAUAGGAAAUUAAUUGGAUGCAUUCAACGAUACAACUACGAUGAGACCAUUAAGAAUAUUUUGCCAAAAAAAAUUGAAUAUGUGAUUUAUUUAAAAUUAAGUAAAAUUCAAAUCAAUCUUCAUAAAGCUUACGAGAAAUUCAUUGAAAGCACAAAGCCUAAAUUCGCAGAAAUACGUACCAAUAUCAACCGGUUAUUAUCACAUCCUAAAGUUUUGCAUUUAAAAGCUAAGCAGAAGCAAUCAGAACAGGGUACCAAAAGUUCUACAAGAUUAAAAGAUAACAAAACGAAUCAAUGUGAUGGAGAAUCAAAAGAUUGGUGGCACAACUUCAUCACAGAAGAAGAUGUAUCAAAUGUUUUUACAUCGACUAAAAUGGUUACUUUUUUUUCGAUUCUUGAAGAAUGUGAAAAAGUCGGAGAUAAAGUGCUUGUUUUUUCCACAUGUUUAUCGACUCAUCGAGUAAUUGAAUAUUUUUUAUCAGUUUUUGACAAAAACAGAAGCAAACAUGAUUGUCCAUUUAAAUUUAAAGGCCGCUGGUUAAAAAAUAGUGAUUAUUUUUUGAUCGAUGGUAAAGUUAAGGAAAUAGAACGCCAAAAAUUCAUGGCCAAAUUUAAUGAUCCCAAAAAUUUACAAGGUCGACUUAUGAUAGUAUCUACUCAGGUGGCUUGUUUAGGAGUUAAUCUCAUUGGUGCCAACAGAGUUAUUAUAUUCGAACCUCAUUAUAACCCAUCUGCUGACUUACAAAGUAUUUUUCGGAUUUUCAGAUAUGGUCAAAAAAAAGUUAGUUAUAUUUAUCGAUUUGUCGGCGUUGGUACAUUAGAAGAGACCGUAUACAAUCGGCAAGUGACAAAAUUAUCUUUAUCUAAUCGGGUGCUGGAUAAAAAAGAAACCAAAAGACAUUUCAACGAAGAAGAAUUAGAUAUUUCAGUAAAUGUACCACUUCGAUUGCCAUCUGACAGUCCUGAAUUUCCACCACCAGAAGAUAAUGUACUGAGGUCAAUUUUGGAAAGAUUAAAAGAUUCCAUUUAUUGUUACACCGAACAUGACUCAUUAUUACAACAUCAAGAAAACGAAAGAUUACCCGAUGAAGUAUACGACGAAGCUUGGGACUUACAUAAAAAAGAGCGAAAAAAUUCUCGAAAAUACAAGAAUUUGAAGAAGAAAAAUGAAAUUAAAAGUAACGUUAAAGAUACGAAAACGUUGACUCCUGAAGCAUCCUCAUCGAAAGUUAGUUCUUCGUAAAUUUUCAAAUGGUUUCAAGUAGAUCUAGAAAUGAUUAUCGUAAAAAAACUGUUCCUUUGAGAGUCUUUUAAUAACUUCUAAUAGCUUUGAAUAAUCUAUGUAGCAAUGAAUAGUCACUUUGUAUAAAAGUCUUUGAAGAAUACUAAGUCAGGUAAAAUAUUUUUAAAAUGGUCCUAAAAUUACUAAAACCACAAUGAUUUAUGAUGAUUUAGUAUCUGUGCCUUAUUUAAAGCUUUACGAAACAGUAUUCUACCGAACGUUGUUAAGAAAAUUUUUGUACUUAAUUAGAGUGAUAAGUAUGUUAUGUAAAUGUAUUGAAUUUAUUAUUCAUAGUUGUACAAUUUUUUUUUUACAAUAAAUGUACUAUAACGGAGUAAAA